CACGGGAAGACGAGGAGGGUAGCCCCGGGCCGCAGCCAUGGCCCCCUGGCGCAGGACCGACAAGGAGCGGCUCGGCGUGGCCAUCUCCAACUUCCCGGGCGGCCAGACGCCGCAGCUCGCGCUGCAGAUCGGAGACGUGGUGCGCAUCCAGGAGACCUGUGGGGAAUGGUUCCGAGGCUAUCUCCUGAAGCACAAGAUGUCGCAGGGCAUCUUCCCCAGGUCCUUCAUCCACAUCAAGGAGGCGACAGUGGAGAGAGGGGGACACAUGGAGAGCGUCACCGCCGCAGAGGUGCCCCUGGCCCAGGAGGUGGCGGCCACGCUGUGGGAGUGGGGAAGCAUCUGGAAGCAGCUCUACGUGGCCAGCCGGAAGGAGCGCUUCCUCCAGCUGCAGGCCAUGAUGUGCGAGCUGAUGGAGUGGCGCGCACAGCUCCUGUCCGGGACGCUGCCCAAGGACGAGCUCAAGGAGCUGAAGCAGAAGGUCACGUCCAAGAUCGACUACGGCAACAGGAUCCUCGAGCUGGACCUGACGGUGCGCGACGAGGACGGGAACACGCUGGACCCGGGCCGCACCAGCGUCAUCAGCCUCUUCCACGCCCACGAGGCGGCCACGGAGAAGAUCACCGAGCGCAUCAAGGAGGAGAUGUCCCGAGACCAGCCCGACUCCGGCGCCUGCGCCCGGCUCUCCGCCUCCCCCACCCACAGCCUCUACGUGUUCGUGCGGAACUUCGUGUGCCGCAUCGGCGAGGACGCCGAGCUCUUCAUGUCCCUCUACUACCCCCACAAGCAGGCCGUCAUAAGCGAGAACUACCUGGUGCGCUGGGGCAGCCGCGGCUUCCCGAAGGAGAUCGAGAUGCUCAACAACCUGAAGGUGGUCUUCACGGACCUGGGAAACAAAGACCUCAACAGGGAUAAGAUCUACUUGAUUUGCCAAAUCGUCCGGAUCGGGAAGAUGGACCUCAGAGACACGCACGCCAAGAAGUGCACGCAGGGCCUGCGGCGGCCGUUUGGCGUGGCAGGCAUGGACAUCACCGACAUCAUCAAGGGGAAGGCGGAGAGCGACGAGGAGAAGCAGCACUUCAUCCCCUUCCAGCCGGUCACAGCUGAAAACGACUUCCUACACAGCCCUGCUGGGCAAAGUCACCGCCUCAAGGGAGACAGCGGCGGGCAGGGCCUCUGGGUGACCAUGAAGAUGCUGGUGGGCGACCUCACGCAGAUCCGCAAGGACUACCCGCACCUGGUGGACAGGACCACGGUGGUGGCCCGCAAGCUGGGCUUCCCCGAGAUCAUCAUGCCAGGGGACGUGAGGAACGACAUUUACAUCACGCUCGCGCAAGGUGACUUUGACAAGUACACCAAGACCUCGCAGCGGAACGUGGAGGUGAUCAUGUGCGUCUGCUCCGAGGACGGCAAGACGCUGCCUAACGCGAUCUGCGUGGGGGCCGGGGACGAGCCGAUGAGCGAGUACCGCUCCGUGGUGUACUAUCAGGUCAAGCAGCCGCGCUGGAUGGAGACCGUCAAGGUGGCCGUGCCCAUUGAAGACAUGCAAAGGAUUCACUUGAGGUUCAUGUUCCGCCAUCGUUCCUCCGUGGAAUCUAAAGACCGAAGCGAGAAGAACUUUGCCAUGUCCUAUGUGAAGCUGAUGAAGGAGGAUGGGACCACGCUGCAGGACGGGUGCCACGACCUGCUGGUCCUCAAGGGGGACAGCAAGAAGAUGGAGGACGCCAGCACCUACCUGACCCUGCCUUCGGGCCGGCACCACGUGGAGAGCAAGGGGGUCACCCUCAGCAGGAGCGCCAGCAGCGUCGGGGGGCUGUCCGUGAGCUCCCGGGACGCCUUCUGCAUCUCCACGCUGGUGUGCUCCACCAAGCUCACCCAGAACGUGGGCCUGCUGGGCUUGCUGAAGUGGCGCACGAAGCCGCAGCUGCUGCAGGAGAACCUGGAGAAGCUGAAGAUCGUGGACGGGGAGGAGGUGGUGAAGUUUCUGCAGGACACGCUGGACGCGCUCUUCAACAUCAUGAUGGAGCACUCGCGCACCGCCGAGUACGACAUCCUGGUCUUCGAUGCCCUGAUCUACAUCACGGGGCUCAUCGCGGACCGGAAGUUCCAGCACUUCAACGCCGUCCUGGAGGCGUACAUCCAGCAGCACUUCAGCGCCACGCUGGCUUACAAGAAGUUGAUGACGGUGCUGAAGACGUACCUGGACACCUCCAGCCGAGGCGAGCAGUGCGAGCCCAUCCUGCGCACCCUGAAGGCGCUGGAGUACGUGUUCAAGUUCAUCGUGCGCUCCAGGACGCUGUUCUCCCAGCUCUACGAGGGCAAAGAACAGACGGAGUUCGAAGAAUCCAUGAGGCGGCUCUUUGAAUCCAUCAACAACCUGAUGAAGAGUCAGCACAAGACCACCAUCCUCUUGCAGGUGGCGGCUUUGAAAUACAUUCCAUCUGUCCUGCACGACGUGGAGACUGUCUUUGACGCCAAGUUGCUCAGCCAACUGCUGUAUGAGUUCUACACCUGCAUCCCUCCCGUGAAGCUGCAGAAGCAGAAAGUGCAGUCCCUGAGCGAGGUCGUCCAGAGCAACCUGUUCAAGAAGCAAGUUUAUUUCCUGUUCCCCAAAGCCGGCCUUUCCCCCUUGGCUAUCACGGUGCCGUCCGUGGCUCCCAGAGCUCUGAACGCCACGUGCGGUCUCCUGGGCCGAGCUCCGGGGAGCCGGGGCGAGAAGCGGGAGUCGUGGUAUUCAGCCUUCAACUUAGAUGUUCAGCGGGAGACCCACCCCAGGCCGCCGCCACCGCCCCGGGGGCGGCCAGGGGGCCGGGCCACGUGGAAAGUGACCGCGGCAGGGCCUGGUCUCCACGCCCGGAGGACGGGCUCUGUCCGGGCCCACGUGCAGUUCGCUUGCACUUCGCGACCCUCCGGCCGGUUCCUUCAGGGCCCGGCACGGACCCGGCUCCCGGAGUCGGCCGGGCUCGGGAUACUGCAGUUCCGCAGCGGUUUCCCUCCGCUUCCUUUCUCGGUAGAACGCGAUCUGCGUGGGGGCGGGGACGAGCCGAUGAGUGAGUACCGCUCCGUGGUGUACUAUCAGGUCAAGCAGCCGCGCUGGAUGGAGACCGUCAAGGUAAGCGGCACCGCGGCGCGCACGCGGCCCGGGGCUCGUGGGGGGGCCCGCGUGUCCUCAGCAGCCCUGUGGGGCGCGUUCCCCUCGGGGCGGAAGCCCUCAGCGGCUCUCCUGCCCGGUGCCCUUUGCGAUGCCCGAGGGAUCCGGGAGGGGCAGCGAGGGGCAGGGCGGUUCCGGAACCCAGCGCCCACGCCGGCAUCCCGCGCCUGCUCUAGAAUGCCCUCGCUUUCCUUCACGGCCAGCCCAGGUCAGCUCCGGGGCGGUGUCGGCCCCUGCGGGGACCCGGGGCGAUGGAGGCGUCUGGUCCGGGCUCAUCUGUGGGGCCCCGGACCCCUGAGGCCCCCGGGGGCCUGGCCCGACGCGCUCACGGGGCGCAGAUUCCGCUUUGUAGAGGUGCGGCCGCCUGCACAACCUCCCGGCUGUGGCGUGUGCGGUGCGAGCCGUCGUUCCCACCCCGCAGUAUCGCAGGGAGCCGGUCCUGACGGCAUCGAUGGCGCACGGCAAAAGUGGGGUGCCCCGGGGCCGGGCCCAAGCACCCCAGUGGCCGUGCCCAUUGAAGACAUGCAAAGGAUUCACUUGAGGUUCAUGUUCCGCCAUCGUUCCUCCGUGGAAUCUAAAGACCGAAGCGAGAAGAACUUUGCCAUGUCCUAUGUGAAGCUGAUUGAAGGAGGAUGGGACCACGCUGCAGGACGGGUGCCACGACCUGCUGUCCUCAAGGGGGACAGCAAGAAGAUGGAGGACGCCAGCACCUACCUGACCCUGCCUUCGGGCCGGCACCACGUGGAGAGCAAGGGGGUCACCCUCAGCAGGAGCGCCAGCAGCGUCGGGGGGCUGUCCGUGAGCUCCCGGGACGCCUUCUGCAUCUCCACGCUGGUGUGCUCCACCAAGCUCACCCAGAACGUGGGCCUGCUGGGCUUGCUGAAGUGGCGCACGAAGCCGCAGCUGCUGCAGGAGAACCUGGAGAAGCUGAAGAUCGUGGACGGGGAGGAGGUGGUGAAGUUUCUGCAGGACACGCUGGACGCGCUCUUCAACAUCAUGAUGGAGCACUCGCGCACCGCCGAGUACGACAUCCUGGUCUUCGAUGCCCUGAUCUACAUCACGGGGCUCAUCGCGGACCGGAAGUUCCAGCACUUCAACGCCGUCCUGGAGGCGUACAUCCAGCAGCACUUCAGCGCCACGCUGGCUUACAAGAAGUUGAUGACGGUGCUGAAGACGUACCUGGACACCUCCAGCCGAGGCGAGCAGUGCGAGCCCAUCCUGCGCACCCUGAAGGCGCUGGAGUACGUGUUCAAGUUCAUCGUGCGCUCCAGGACGCUGUUCUCCCAGCUCUACGAGGGCAAAGAACAGACGGAGUUCGAAGAAUCCAUGAGGCGGCUCUUUGAAUCCAUCAACAACCUGAUGAAGAGUCAGCACAAGACCACCAUCCUCUUGCAGGUGGCGGCUUUGAAAUACAUUCCAUCUGUCCUGCACGACGUGGAGACUGUCUUUGACGCCAAGUUGCUCAGCCAACUGCUGUAUGAGUUCUACACCUGCAUCCCUCCCGUGAAGCUGCAGAAGCAGAAAGUGCAGUCCCUGAGCGAGGUCGUCCAGAGCAACCUGUUCAAGAAGCAAGAGUGCCGGGACAUCCUGCUUCCGGUCAUCACGAAGGAGCUGAAGGACCUGCUGCAGCAGAAGGAAGAGGGGCACCCGACCCUGGAGAAGAAGUACUGCGUCGAGCUCCUGAACAGCCUCCUGGAGGUGCUGAGCGGCCAGGACCCGGCCUUCACCUACCAGCACAUCCAAGAGAUCAUGGUGCAGCUGCUGCGCACGGUGAACCGGACGGUGAUCGCCAUGGGCCGGGACCACCCUCUGAUCAGUCAUUUCGUGGCCUGCAUGACCGCCAUCUUGGAUCAGAUGGGAGACCAGCACUAUUCCUUCUAUAUCGAGAACUUCCACAGCAACGCAGACCUGGUGGACUUCCUGAUGGAGACCUUCAUCAUGUUCAAGGACCUGAUCGGGAAGAACGUGUACCCGGGGGACUGGAUGGCCAUGGGCAUGGUCCAGAACAGAGUCUUCCUGAGAGCCAUCAACAAGUUUGCAGAGAUCAUGAACCGGAAGUUCCUGGAGCACACGCACUUCGAGUUCCAGCUGUGGAACAAUUAUUUUCAUCUGGCAGUGGCUUUUAUCACUCAGGAUUCUCUGCAGCUGGAGCAGUUCUCCCACGCCAAGUACAACAAAAUCCUGAGCAAGUACGGUGACAUGAGGCGAUUAAUUGGCUUCUCCAUCCGUGACAUGUGGUACAAGCUCGGCCAGAACAAGGUCUGCUUCAUCCCCGGCAUGGUGGGGCCUAUCCUGGAGAUGACACUCAUCCCGGAGGCCGAGCUCCGGAAAGCCACCAUCCCCAUCUUCUUCGACAUGAUGCUGUGUGAAUUCCAGAGGAGUGGGGACUUCAAAAAGUUUGAAAACGAAAUCAUCCUGAAGCUGGACCACGAGGUGGAAGGCGGCCGGGGAGAUGAGCAGUACAUGCGGCUGCUGGAGUCCAUCCUGAUGGAGUGCGCCUCAGAGCACCCGGCCAUCGCCAGGUCGGUGGAGACCUUUGUGAGCCUGGUGAAGGGGCUGCUGGAGAAGCUACUGGACUACCGGGGCGUGAUGGCGGACGACAGCAAGGACAACCGCAUGAGCUGCACCGUGAACCUGCUGAAUUUCUACAAGGAUAACAACCGGGAGGAGAUGUACAUAAGGUACCUGUACAAACUCCGAGACCUCCACCUGGACUGUGACAACUACACCGAGGCUGCCUACACACUGCUCCUGCACACCUGGCUUCUCAAGUGGUCCGACGAGCCGUGCAUGUCGCAGGUGGUGCAGACGGGCCGGCAGCCCCCGCAGACGCACCGGCAGCUGAAGGAGGCGCUCUACGAGACCAUCAUCGGCUACUUCGACAAAGGGAAGAUGUGGGAGGAGGCCAUCCAUUUGUGCAAGGAGCUGGCCGAGCAGUACGAGACGGAGCUCUUUGACUACGAGCUGCUCAGCCGGAACCUGAUCCAGCAGGCGAAGCUGUAUGAGAACAUCAUGAAGGUCCUGAGGCCCCGGCCAGACUACUUUGCGGUCGGGUACUAUGGCCAGGGGUUCCCUUCCUUCCUGAGGAACAAGGUGUUCAUCUACCGAGGGAAGGAGUACGAGCGGAGAGAAGACUUCCAGGUGCAGCUCCUGAGUCAGUUCCCCAAUGCAGAGAGGAUGAACACCACCUCGGCCCCGGGGGAGGAGGUGAGGAGCGCGCCAGGCCAGUGUAUCCUCGCGGGGCCUCCCGCAGCCCACGGCAGGCCGUCUAGAGCGGCCUGGGGAAGCGGCGGGAUCUGCAGAGCCCAUUUCCACAGCCGUCCGAAGCGGCGGGGGCUGGGGCGACCUAUUUGGGGGUCCAGGAUCCCCUUCCUGGGGGCCGGGAUUAAGAUCCACGAGGAAAAGGGUGUCAGACAACCUGCGGCCCUUCCACGACCGGAUGGAGGAGUGCUUCCAGAGCCUUCGGGCGAAGGUGGAGAGGGAGUACGGCGUCCGGGAGAUGCCCGACUUCGAGGACAGGAGGGCGGCCGGCCGCGGUCCAUGCUGCGCUCCUACAGGCAGAUGUCCGUCCUGUCUCUGGCCUCCGUGAACUCCGACUCCGGCACCCCGAGCAAGGCCAGCCCCGAGAGCUUCAACCUCGAAGCCGGACCCCCCAGGACCCCGAGAGCCGAGGCGGAGCCCAUCUCCCCGGGGAGCACGCUCCCCGAGGUCAAGCUGCGCCGCUCCAAGAAGAGAGCCAAGCGGAGCAGCGUGGUGCUGGCCGGAGAGAAGGCCGCCGCCGCCGAGUCGGACCUGAAGCGGCUCUCCAGGAAACACGAGUUCAUGAGCGACACCAACCUCUCCGAGCACGCGGCCCUCCCGCUCCGCGCCUCCGUCCUCUCCCAGAUGAGCUUCGCCAGCCAGUCCAUGCCCACCAUCCCAGCCCUCACUCUCUCGGUGGCCGGCUCCCCGGGCCCGGACGAAGCCAGCACCUCCCCGCGGCUCAGCCAGGCCUUCCUCCACCUCACGGACUGCGACAAGAAAAUCAAGAGGAAGAAAGUGAACCAGUUCUUCAAGACCAUGCUGGCCAGCAGAUCUGCUGAAGAAGGCAAGCCGCUGCCGGACUUCCCGUCCACAGACCUGUGACGGUCCUGCUGCUCAGGGAAGGUUCCAGAAGAGAGGUGGGAGCGGAUGCU